GGGGCGUGUCCUGCUGGGCCCCCGGCGCGAGCGCCCCGAGAGGUGCGCUCCUGGCGCUCCCGGGCCGCGGCGGCCGCAGAGCACGCGCGGCGGCGAGCAUGGAGCGCGAGCUGGAGGAGCUGGCGGCGCGGCCCCCGGGCCCGGCCGAGCCGCCCUUCCAGGCGCUGGUGGAGGCGGCGGGCGGCCGCGGGCAGGUGCUGCUGGUGGGCGAGCUGUGGGAGCGCGAGCAGAGCCGCGCGCUGCUGCGGGACUUCGCGCGGGCCGUGUUCCCGCCCGAGCCGGGCGCGCGCGAGCCGGGCGGCGCGGGCGCCGGGGCGCCGGGCGCGCAGAGGCCGCCCCCCCGGGCGGCGGGGGCGCGCGCCAUCCGCUCGCCGCUCGUCUUCGUGCUGUGCCGCGCGUGCUCGCUGGCCGCCCGCGAGCCGCGGCGCCGCCUGCGGGAGAUGCUGCGGGACGUGCGCGGCCGGCGGCGGGCCGGCGCGGCGCUGGUCGCGGUGCUGGUGGCCGAGGCGGGGCCCGAGGACGCGGCGGCGCCGGCGCUGCGGCUCCUGGAGGCGCUGCUGCGCGCGGUGUUCGGCCGCCAGGCGGGGGGCGCGGUGCAGGCGGCCGCCUACCGCCCCGGCCACCCGGCCUCCAGCCUGGCCGUCCAGGCGGCCGCCUGCAGAGCGCUGCAAGCCGCGGGGCCCGCGCGACCAGUGGCAGGAGCCUGGGAGAGACCGGGCCUCCCAGCGCUGUUGGCGUGCUUUUCUUGGGGUCCCUGGAGCUGGGGGAAGGACCCAGAUGCCACCUCCCCCAGUGACCCAGCUCAGGAUCACCUUCGGGACCCUGAGGAGGAGCUGGCGCUGACGGAGGUAUUUCUCAAUGGAGAUUGUGAGGAUUCCGGAAAGGGGCUGAGAGCCUGUGAUGGAUUUCUUCACGCUCCAGCUGAGCCCGCUGGAGGCUCAAGAUGAAGGACAGACACCCAGGCUGCCUGGGCUCGAACCUGCACUCUGGGCACUGGCACCCUCUCACUGAGCCCCCUUGCCUCCAUGGUGACCUUGCAAUGGUGGUAACCAGAAAGGCCCCCGCUGCCAGGGGGCUGCCGCAUUGAGCCAGCUAAGAAAACUUAUUUUCCUGGAACCUGCCCCCUCCUCACAUUUGCUCACUCUCUGAUCACAGUGAGGGUAUUUGUUCUUUCUGUACCUCAGUUUCUCUGCCCCCUUGGGACAGACGGCUGUCUACUUUGAGGUUCUGUGGUGCUGUGGCAGCCUGUGGUGUGUUUGCAUGACCAUCCAUCAUUUCAAGUGUGACUGGAAAGAACUCUGGACCAGAAGUCAUCAGAUCUGGGGGGAGUGGUCUUGGACAUGCCGCUGAACCUUAGCGGCCUCUGUUUCUCAAACACCUGCGGGGGCUACCGGCCCCGGGGCUCUCACCCAAGGGCCAGGCUGCUGCUCUAGGCAGCAGUGAAACGUGUGUGUGUGUGUGUGUGUGUGUGUGUGUGUGUGUGUUUUGGGAGGGUUACUAUAACAAUGAGGUACCCUUAGCACUUAGUGGGCACCUUACGAUGUAUAGGACAAUCUCCAACAGCAAAGAAUUGUUCUGCCCAAAUUGCCCAUUGUGGCACCUUUGAAAAUGCUGGAUGAGCCAAUCCCUUCUCCCUGUGAAAUUCUGGGAAGAGUCCCCCAGAGCAGAGAAGGUUGGGCUUCCUGAGACCCUGGCUCCCAGAGCAAGCCAAAAUAAAGACUACACUGCUGCCCUGGGGGCCUCUUGGGCCAGAGAUAAGACAUCCAAGUGCUUUCACGCCCUUUCUCUUCCUCCUGUCUACGUUGACUUUCUGUGCCAAAUCCUUUGAGAAUAAGAAUGCUAGGAGCUUCCCAGGGCACCAAACAAGGAAAGGUAGGAGUAAGAACAUGGGACUUUCUCUCGAUCUCAGGCCCUUGUCCAAGGUCAAAGCAAACCCAGCCCAGAGGUGCCAAGUUCCUGAAUCUUUUUUCUUCUGUCUGAGUCAGACAGGGUCGAUGAUUUUCCCUUAAAAGCCAGGAAAGCCAUCUGUUCCCUUGUACAAGGAACUCUGCAUUACCGCCCUGCCUUCCUCCCCUGCCCCUGGAGUUAAUACAGUCUUUGCAGUGGCAAGAGCAUCACCUGAUUUUCCCUGGCAGGAAGCACUUAUCCAAGAGAAGUCCCUGAAUUCAUUCAUUCGUGCACGAUUUGCUCAGCACAUGUCCAGUGGGGCAGGUUUCUGGCCAGGGUUCUGCUGCUGCUGCGUGACUUCCAAUAGUUGUUUCAGCUUCCAUUUCUGGUACCAAAAUGUGGAACUGUGGUUGAGGGGCUGUCUGAGCUCAAGGAGAGUCUCUCCUGGGCCUAUGCUUCAAUUCAUUCUUCAUAAUAAGCAGCCUAAUUCCACCCCUCUCUGCCUCAGGGGGCAGUGUGAGGGCAGAGAGGGUGACAUCUUAUUUGGGACUUGGUUAGCAGCAGGUGUCCUUUUAAUAAUGCAAGGCUGCCUCACCAUUAGUGGGCCCAGCUGACCUCCUUCUCCGCCAGAAUGAACUCAAUGGAUUCACUUUUGAUUUUGUUUGAAAAUAGGGAGACUGGUAUUUUUGAAGCUGCUAUAUUUUUCUAUUUCUCUGUGAAUUUCUUUGUAAUAAUCGGGUUGGAAUUUUAUUAUUUAGUGGGAGGAGGGGAACUUUUAUUAAGUUAGGAAGUUAUCGAAGGCAGAAGUUACAAGGCAGCAGCCUCUGCUGUGUUCAAAAACCUUUUGUAUUUGUUAACAAUAUUUGAGACUUGAGAGACUGCACAUGAAAAAGCUGGUUUUCUAGGUGGAGGAAGGGGCUUGCCAUCAUCUCCAGCUUGCUACAAUCCCUCUCCCCUGAUAGGAGGCUCACUCCCACCCAUCUACACCCUCACACACACACACACACUGCAUUUUACUCAUAUAUGCCUUCCACCUGAUUCUGGAGAAUAUAUGGGCUUGCAAGCCUGUGGUGUAAAGGGUGGUUUACAUAUUAUUUUUUCACUGCUUUCAGUAUCUCUGGUGAAUAGUUGAAGAGAGAAGGUCUUUACUGAGAUUUGUGUCCUGCCUCCCAACAGACAAACAGGACUGAGAUCCUUCCGGAUCUAGCUUGGUUUCCUUGACACAUGGGUAAGAUAAGCACUGUCCUUUUAGGAACAGUCUAGUUGAUAUUUUCUAGCAGACAGAAGAGAUAGGUGCUGGAAGGGAUGACCUUGGUGGUAGAUCUCUUCCAAGAACUCUUCCAAGGCAUGAAGAUCGGGAUGGGCCAGAGAAUGGAGGCCCCGGAUUAGGUCAGUGGUACCAGGAGCCAUUGGCAAAGGCUUCUGGUCAAGUCACGGUCUGGACUUGGGUAUUAAUCCUUCUAAUAUGGCGGUAAUUGUGCUGCUUCUGACUGGAAUUAAUAAUUCCUUAUAUCUAAUAAAACCAAACAGUACCUCAUUGCUGUCUAAUCAAAAC